AGCAGGACGCGGCCACAGCGGCGGGAAGCAAAUUAUCUACAAGCACUUCCCUUAAAAAAAAGUUCACACUCACAUACAAAGAUGCCACCACAAGUAGCGACUCACACCGUCUUAGACCUGAUCGAGGGAACUUACUUGGAAUAACCUGACAGGAGAAACGGAUAUUUCAUGUUAAUUCUUUCAUUACGCUUUUGUUAAAUUUUUAAUGUUGCUUUUAAUGCGCUUAUAGGCUGUUUUUUUUGUUGUUGCGGUAAAUAGCCUCAACAUGAUUUGGGCCUGAACUUAUGUAGCUAUUUUGUGUUUUAUUAAGACGCACCUGCGUGCCACUGGAGGAACAAGCGCACAGUACGGUGUAAGGCAGACAGAAUAACUUACUUUAUAUAUAAUGUUAUCUUUUUAAUAAUCAUCUUAUAAGAGGACUACAAUGUCUGGAUGGAGUAUGACCUUACUUUAAAUACAACAAACGUGUUGGAUGCAGUGGAAGAGCGCGCCACGACCGCACUGUGACACUUAAAGUCCCCGCCAUCAAAACGGAGAGAAAAAUAAAAUCUCGACAUCGCUACUCCUACACUUGCUGACUGAAGUGUGGAUGUUGUCGGGACUGUUAACAGGCACUGCAUUAACAGCAGCUGUCAAACUCAUGGGAUCCUCCUGCCCCCCGGGCGACUGGGAGCUCUGUUGAAGUCUUCACUGCGCAUGUCAGAGCGCUGGACAGCUCCAGAGAGGGAAAUUUAAAAACGGUUUUUGGAGAAUCAAAUGCAACACAGUGAAAUACAGUACAGGGGCUCGCGACCAGCUGACACAUUCUUCAGUAUCAUCCAAAACAGUGGUAUCACAUAUCCCAGGAAAUGAUAGAAGGUGGAAUAACAUCCAGGAUGUCAGGAAUAAUUGAGAAUGCUGGGCAUCAUCCGUCUCCACAGGACUACAGGCUUCUGACCACGGACCCCUCCCAGCUGAGGGAGGAGGACCUCCCUGGGGACCUGCAGUCUCUGUCAUGGCUCACCUCUGUGGAUGUGCCCCGACUACAGCAGAUGGCUGAUAGCCGAGGCCACAGUAACGGGCCCUCCCAGGGCAGCUUGUUGGAGCAACAGACAGCUCAGCUGAGCAACAUGACUGCGAUGACAGCGGGUCAAGGCUCCAUGCUCCACCUCCAGAGCAACAUGCAGCACAGCCCUCUGGGAAUCAGCAUCAUCAACACCCACAGCGGAAGUAUGUCUCCAUUCUCCAUGAAUGGGCUGCCCUCUCCGAGUUACCAGUGCCCUACCUCAGUCUACCAGCCUACACACCAGCAGGUGUACUCUCUAACCCAAACUGGACAACAGUGUUCAACUGGUGGGCUUUAUAGCAAUGUAUCUUUCAACAACCAAAGUCUAUUCACACAACCUCGUCUGGCUCCACAAGAGCAGGAGCUGCAGCCCAAGUCUUUCCCCAAGCCAAUCUACUCCUACAGCUGUUUGAUUGCCAUGGCUCUGAAGAACAGCAAAACUGGCAGCCUCCCUGUCAGUGAGAUCUAUAGCUUUAUGAAGGAACACUUCCCUUAUUUCAAGACUGCACCUGAUGGAUGGAAGAACUCAGUCAGACACAACCUGUCCUUAAACAAAUGCUUUGAGAAAGUGGAGAACAAGACGAGCAGCUCGUCCCGUAAGGGCUGUCUGUGGGCGCUGAACCCUGCCAAAAUUGACAAGAUGGAGGAAGAGAUGCAGAAGUGGAAACGCAAGGACCUGCCAGCCAUCCGCCGCAGCAUGGCUAACCCUGAUGAGUUGGACAAAUUGAUCACAGACCGCCCAGAGAACUGCAGACGUAAAGCUUUAGAGCCCGGCAUGACCCGUCUGCCCAGCUGUCCCACUGGCCUUCCGCUUCCCGUCCCAGCACAGAUGCAGCCUCAGCCAAUAGUCACACUGUCCCUGCCCUGUUUACCUAUGCACCAGCACCACCAGCUUCAGGCACAGCUCCACGCUCAGGCCCGCCUGGCCCCCAUGUCCCCUGCUCCGGCCCAGACACCUCCACUCCACACGGUCCCUGACCUUUCCCACAGUCCACUCACCCAGCACCACAGCAAGCUGCCGGACGAUUUCUACAGUGUGCACGGGGAUACACACACAGAGGUGGAUGCACUGGACCCGAGCAUCAUGGACUUUGCCCUUCAAGGUAAUCUGUGGGAGGAAAUGAAGGACGACAGCUUUAACCUGGAUGCUUUGGGUACCUUCAGUAACUCCCCCCUCCGACUAUCAGACUGUGACUUGGGAACAGCCCACCUGACUCCUGUCUCCACUGGAACGAACCUGCAGCUGUCAGAUGUGCAAGUGACGGGUCUUUACACCUCCUACACCUCCCAGGAUCACCUGUCUUCCCAGUACAUGGGCGCACCAGCCAACAGCAAGCCCAUCGCCCUGUUAUAAAACAGUCUCCGACCUGAUUCAUUCAGCUGUCUAUGGAUAUAUGUGGACGUCAGCUGAAGAAGGCUUAAGGCAAAGUCUGAAUUGUGGUUUCUUACAAAUCACACUGCUUUCCUACGGUCAGCUGGAAACUACUUGGAGAAGGAUGUUUAAAAAUCAUUUCAUUCUCAUUAAGAACUAAAACUGCUGAUAAAUAAAGAGGUGGCUGUAAGAAAAAGUAUGUAAGACUUAAAAUAUCUAGCUUUGCCAAGCAAAGACUCAAAGCUUGUAUGAGUACAAAGACUCUAUGUGAAGAUGACCGUGUGAGUUAACAACCGCCAGUUUUUAUUGUGUUCACUCGCGUUUUAAAGCCCUACCAUCCUGUAGCUCCCUGUCUCUUGUCUGUUGUAUUGUGGUAGACAUUAUUGCUGUGAUGUUUUAUUUAUAUUUAUGAAAAGGCAGCUAGAGAAGGUGAUGACUCUAUCAAUCUUUUGCUGUAUAUAUUUGAAUGUUUCGAACUGCUAUUGCCACAGAAAAGCUUUCUUUCGACUGUAUUUACCCACUUCUUUCCAAAAUGCCGAUGUGUGCCAACACUUUGAGUAAUCCAGAUUUUAAACAUUAUUCUUUUACGCAAUGUGAUUAGCAUGUCUCAAAGUCAGAUGUAUAUUAUGUUCAUUAACUUGAUCAUAAUACAAAUCAAAUGGGUGAAUAAAAGAAGUUUGUUUUGCCAAAUAUAU